UUGAGCCUUCUGAUGCAGAAUCCAAACCUUGGGCCGCCCUCUCUUCUGCGCAGGUGCAGAAGGAAGCUGGGUAAUUUCCGGUUUAAAAAUGGCGGAUGAUAAGGAUUCUCUGCCAAAAUUGAAAGAUCUUGCUUUUUUGAAGGAUCAGUUGGAAAGCUUGAAACGAAAAGUUGAAAAUGAGGUACAGGCUGGAGUGGGGCAGGAAGGUUCUUGGCUGGCCUCUCCAUUUCUGAAAGGAUUUUUUGCUGGAUUUGUUGUAGCCAAACUAAGAUCUUCUGCAGUUAUAGGCUUUUUGGUGGGGAGUUGUACUGGAGUGUUUGCUGCUCAGACCUAUGCAAUUCCUGAUGUCGAAAAGACAGUCAAAGACUACUUCAGUUCAUUCAGGAAAGGAUCAAACUAGAAGAUGCAACAAUAUUCAUGCAACAGUACACUUGAGAAAAAAAAUUAUCUUUCAGCUUCUCAUCUCUUUCAGUUCUACAUAGGUCAGACAUGUUUGACUUCUUUGGCUCCAUUUUUGGCAUUCUUAUUAACUGGAAAAGUGUUUUAUAGUGGACAAAUAAUAACAUUUCAGCAGGUCUGCUUAAAAUAAGGUUCACAGGUUUGGGAUGAAACUGAUGUUGCUGCUUCAGCUCUCCUGGGGCUUAGAUCAGAUGAGGGUCUGGGUUGGACAGCAACACAGUCUCUCUCUAAUGGGGUGAAAAGCAACUGUUACAGCAUGCUUGCUGUAAAUGUGCCCAUGCCAGGAAAUGUGGCAUGCAAUACCAGCUUUCCCUUAAUCAUGUAUACGUAUUAUGCUAACAUAUGCAUUUCAUUUUUAUCCUGUUUUGCUGAUCUGAAUCCUUACUUGUGUAACAUCUGCGUUUGCCACAAAGAUGAUAUAGAUUCCUUCUUUUAAAAAACAUUUUUUUAUUUAUAAGUUGAAAGGUGAUCCUUCCCUUUUCUCUACACAUCCUGAAAAUUUAUUAGAUAUCACUGAAUAUUGGUUGCCUUGUAGUUGCUGUAAUUGUUGGGAUUGUACUAAGUGGGUGCUGCAGGUCCUGACUGUUAUUAUCUCUAAUUCCUUUAUAGCACUUUUUUAGUUUUAAAAAUGGCUAGAUUUCCUUCACUGCCACCUCUGUGGUACUUUUAAUUGCUUUAAAGAAAUAAUUGGUAUUCCAAUUUUUAUUCUUGCACCAAAGACUGACUCAGCAUAGACAACCUGCCCUUUUGGUACUGAUACUUGGGAGCCCUGUAUGCAAAUGGAAGUCUGCAGUGCCCACCGUAUGGCCUGCGUUUGACAGGUGGCUGCAUGUCACUCAGUUUGACCUUCUAACAGUCUUUCAGGUUGUGUGCUUUCGGUUACUUCAGCUGUCUGUACUGAAACUGUACUGAAGACACAAGAUCUUCCUCAGUCUCCAGAAUCAGUUUCUUUUUUCUUGUAUUUAUUUAUUUGUUAAAUUACCUUUUGCUUAGGAGCUCAAGGCAGUAUACAACGUGCCCUCCUCCCAUUUCCCCCCACAAGAACAAUUCUGUGAGGUACAUUGGGUUAGGAGAGAGUGACCCGCGCAGAGUCAUCUGGUGAGCUGCUUUAGUCAGUCUUUCACCAUUACACUAUACACUAAAAGAGGCACUCUCCUUUUUUUGUUUUGCUGAAUGUGAUAAUUCACCUGUCAAGAAGCUAAGCACCUGGAUUCCUAGGAAGUUGCUCAUUUGGGUAUAUUUAUUGUAUACCAAAUUUGUCCACUAAAUAAAGGUCUGUGUGUGUGCAUGUAUGUAUGUAUGUGUAUGCACACUAGGAGGGCUAUCAUAACUGGGCUGCAGAAUCCACACAACCACUAGAUGGCAACAAAGUGAUUUGGUGACUUCUUGCACUGGAUUCUCUCUUAGAUAUAGAUACAUAGAGCCAUGGUAUCUAAGCUGCAAAAUAUGGAUGAAUCCUGGAUGGCAGCAAAUCUUGUGCAAGAUAUCACUGAAUCAAGUCUUUGCGGAAAGUUCAUAGCAUAUUGUGAGAGGAACAGGCUCAGAUAAGGCAUCAGACUUUAUGUAAUUCAAUUCUGUUUCAUACAAGACCCUCUGCCAGAUACAGAAUGUAUGAUUUGUGGUGGUCCAAAGUGGUAUAGGGAGUGUAUGCCCUCUCUUUUCCAUAUACUUUGCCUUUUGAUAUGAAUCCACACCUUCACAAAACUAUUGUAACCCAAAAAGCACUGGAUUACACAUUACAGUUUUCUCUGGUAGGCUACACUAUCCUAGGAAAGUAGAUAUAUCAUGUAGUGUAGCCCAAAGGUUUGCAUACCUUCAGUUUCUUACUAAUAUACAGUGUACAAAAAUGACCGUUUGAGUGGAAUUGUUUAUCAUAAAGGUAUGGUCACUCUCUAAGAUAAUGUACUCUAAAGCAGUUUCAGCUUUAUUUAGAUUACCAGUUAAGCUCUGUUUCAAACUUUUUAACCCCUGAUGAAAAAAGCAGAUUCUUGUGUAGAAGCCCACUUUUUUGCCACAUGGUAUAAAAGAGCCUGGAACUUUACUUCUGUUUGUCAGAUCUUCGUUCUACAAGACAGCAAGUAAAGUGGGGUGUUCUUCUUGUUGCUGUUGUUUUAAUGUGUGGCCAUGAUUUUGCAGAAUCUGUCAUAAUAGUAACAAGAAAGUGGGAUCUUAGAAAGCAGUCAUCCAUUCCCUGGCUACCUAAUGAACAGCUUUCUAAGCCUUCAGAAGGGAGGAAUUUAUGUUUUAUUUAUAAGUAGCACUAGAAUUUUGUCUCCAAGAUGCCCAUCUCUAUCCCUGUAGCUUUUUAAUCAUACUCAGGGUUGAAUUGGAAGAGUGUCAGCUCACCCAAGUGCCAGUUAACAAUUCUCUGAAGGGGGUAUUUUACUUUUGCUCUUUCUUAGAGGUUUGCUGUAACACAAAUGUCUUAUAAACUUCAUAGGUGGUUAAGUGCCUUUUGCAAACUGUUUUCGUUCUUCUGUGUUGUUUGCUCCUAUAAAGUAUCUAUUGCUCCCAGAUAGUUCCCAAGAACAGAUACAAAUUUCUAAAGCAACAACAAAACACAGUUGCUUUCUGUUCCCUAAAGUUUGCCUAACUUUUCUUUCCUGGAUAUACUAAAUAUGUAAUAGGUUUGAGCCAAUAAUAUAUGUAUUUGCUUUUCCAAA